CACCAUGAAGACAACUCUCCUGAGCAUAUUCAUCUUCUUGGCUCUGCUUUCUCCAGGGACAUCUCUGAUAUGUUUAACUUGUAGUUCUUUUGGAAGAAGCUUUUGUGAGGCUAAUAAAGAAAAACAAUGUACUGAAAAGGAUACUUGCAUCAGUACUGUUAUGUCAUCCACAAUAUAUAAUGGACCUCGAGAACUUGCUCAGAACAGAUGCUUCAGAUCUAACUGGUGCUAUCCAGCCAGUUUCAGCUUCACUUCUGAAAACAAUAUGUAUUUUGCCGAGCAUAUUGACUGCUGCCAAACUGACCGGUGCAAUCCUAAAAGUCCUGAGUUGCCGCCUCGUGAACUCAACGGGCUUCAGUGUCCGGCCUGUUACGACAGAAAUAAGAACAAUUGCACUGGCACAGAGACUGUGAAUUGCUAUGAUGAUGAGACGCGGUGCAUCGAUUUUGUUGGUUCCCUCUUUGAACCUCGUAUCCGAAAAAUGCAACUUGACUUCCAAGGCUGUGCAACACAAGAUUUUUGUAACUUUGCAGAAGGAAAAACACGUCAGGUGAAUGAUUUCUUGAAAAUUGAGACCAAGAAAACCCAGUGCUCUGCCGCCAAUGAAGCUCCAAUCAGCCCUGAUCUCCAGGCUAAUUAGGAGAAGGUGAAGCCUUCCACCUUCUGGAUUCUACCAUUUUUGGCAAUGGGGGAGGUUAUUGGGUAGUGGGAGCUAUUGAUGGAUGUACACAGUGUCUGGGGACUCAGGAUUUCUGGGUCUUCUUAUUGGCAUUUGGUGGAGGGUAAAUAGGAUGCUGUGAGACUGAGAAAUGAUGGUAAACAUGUGGGGCUUGGAGGCUACCGAUCAAGAAAAUAUGGUGUAUGGGUUAAAUUUUAAUUGAAUCAUGAUAAUAAAUUGAUGUGGCAAAAUAAA